UCUCUCUCUCUCUCCGGAGGGGUCGUCCUUUUCUUCGUGACACUGCAACUGAAAGCCACCCCCACCAUCAUAGCUAUCUGUUAAGCAACAAGGGCACAGAAAAGGAGACGAACCCAUUAACAUCAAGAACCUCAUUUUUCGUCUCUCUUUCUAAAGAGAGGGAGGGAGAGGAGCAUGGUUUGACCUCCACUUGCAGAAAGCAAAGAAGGAUCCGCUUCUCAACCGAUCCUCCUCCUUUUUCUCUUUCUUGGCGUUCUUCAGGCGGCAGUUUCGUGCUCUUUACUUGAUUCAAAGAAGCGUUCUCUAGGCAACGUCGAGAAUGGGUUGGCCGAUGAGUUCUCGUAGGAAUUGAAUUUGUACGAAGAGAUCGAUCUGGCAUCCGUUCGUUCCGUUCGGGUUUGCGGAUGAAGAAGUGAAGAGGAGUAAUGAAAUCGAUGCGUUUGAUCAAUGUGGCUUGGUUUUCUUUAUAAUCUUGAUGCAAACAGCUUGAGCAAUGGCUGCUUCCGGUUUAUCAGCAAGUUCUCGAAAGCAUUCGUCGGUGCCUGUAGGGCGCCAAGUAUCAUCUUCCGCGUUGCCUAAUUGUUCCAAAGAGACGUCUGAAGGGGCCCCCGCCUCUGCUUCUCGGAUCAACAAUCUUUUUACUGAACUCCCAACCUGUUACCAUCACCAACAUUCCCUUCAUCCCCCUCCUUCCUCUUUGGGUAGCAUUUGUCCUCUGCAACCAGGAUCACUAAAAUCACAGUGUAAACAUGGCGGGGAUUCCUCGGAUGUAAGCGUCACGGGGAAGCAUUUAAACAACAGCUUUCAGCAGGGAAGUUCUCGUAACCAUCCCCAAAAUGCUGUUCCUGUUUUUUCUGAAGCCAGUACUUUGCGAGCGCAACUCCGUAAUGGGCUAUCACAAAAUUCGCAUUCAAACCCAUGCAAGUCGCCGCCUGAUGCACUUGUUACUCCAACCAGCGCAGGGAAGGCUUUCACUCUGAAGCAGCUUGUUGCGGUUGAGGAUUGCCCUGAUACGGCGGAGGUCGCUAAUGAGCCGGAGUGCAAUUCACAAAACCGGGGCCAAACAGAUCCUGGAGCGGAUUCUUCAUGCACUACCAGUGACCAUGGAACAGCUUCAGGCAGUCCGCUUUCAGAAGAUCAGCUCGCUGAAGCUAACGCCAUGAAGGAGAGCGCUGUGACUGCAAUGGUUAGUGAAAGGACAAGUGAAGAAAAUGCGAACAUCAGUGAAAAGACUCAAAUUAAUAACUCUGCUACAGAUCUAGCUGAAAGUGGGAAGACUAGCAUGUGCAGAGGCAGUAAUAGCAGCAGCAUUAGUGAUGAGAGCAGCUGCAGCAGCUUCUCCUGCAGCAUUAACAAGCCUCACAAGGCGAACGAUUCUAGGUGGGAAGCCAUUCAAGCGGUUCGAGCACGAGAAGGAGUUCUUGGACUCAGUCAUUUUAGGCUUUUAAAGAGGUUGGGAUGUGGGGAUAUAGGCAGUGUAUAUUUAGCGGAGCUAUGUGGAACCAAAUGCUUCUUCGCUAUGAAGGUAAUGGAUAAGGUAGCACUUGCUGGCAGGAAAAAAUUGGUGAGGGCUCAGACUGAAAGAGAGAUAUUGCAGUCUCUCGACCAUCCAUUUCUACCCACUUUGUACACUCAUUUUGAAACCGAAACAUUCUCGUGUUUGGUUAUGGAGUUUUGUCCUGGGGGAGACCUGCACACGCUUCGGCAGAGGCAACCAGGAAAGUGUUUCCCUGAACAUGCAGCUAGGUUUUAUGUAGCGGAGGUACUACUUGCUCUAGAGUACCUACACAUGCUUGGGAUCAUUUACAGAGACCUGAAACCAGAGAAUGUGUUGGUAAGGGAUGAUGGGCAUGUCAUGCUCUCGGACUUUGAUCUGUCUUUGAGGUGUGCUUUUUCCCCAACACUUGUGAAGUCUACUAACACAGACGCGUCCAAAAAUCAUCCGUCUUACUGUGUCCAACCUGCCUGUAUAGAACCUUCAUGUGUUAUCCAGCCCUCAUGUGUUCAACCAACCUGCUUUACUCCACGGUUUCUUGUAAGAAAGGAAAAGAAACUCAAACCUAAGUUCAGAAAUGAUGCUAGCAGUGCGGCAAGGCCCCUUCCAGAACUCAUCGCAGAACCCACAGAUGCCAGGUCAAUGUCCUUUGUGGGGACUCAUGAGUACUUGGCUCCAGAGAUCAUCAAAGGUGAAGGCCAUGGAAGUGCUGUCGACUGGUGGACUUUUGGGAUUUUCCUAUAUGAACUUUUGUUUGGAAAGACUCCUUUCAAAGGGUCGGGGAACCGUGCUACCCUUUUUAAUGUGAUAGGGCAGCCUCUGAGGUUCCCAGAGUCACCAACGGUGAGCUUUGCUGCAAGGGACUUGAUUCGUGGUUUGCUUGUGAAAGAACCACAGCACCGGCUUGCGUAUAGGCGGGGCGCAGCAGAAUUGAAACAACAUCCAUUUUUCCAGAAUGUCAAUUGGGCCCUUAUAAGGUGUGCCAGUCCACCAGAUGUGCCAAGACCAUUUGAAGCUGAUUGUGCACCCAGAGUACAGGUGCCAGCUUCUUCUGCAAGUGGAAAGAAUGCUGCGGGUAUGGAUGUCAAAUCUUCAGGUAACUAUCUGGAGAUUGAUUUCUUUUGAUCAUAUUUCUGUUCUCAGGCCCUGUUUGCUUGCUGGACAAACAUUUAGAAGCAAACGGUAGGAUGAAAAUUUUCAUGGGAGAAGGUCUGUUGUACGGACGUUGGACCUUGUUUAUCUGGAAAAAAGACCUGCAUUGCUAAGAGAAAAGGUCAGGAUAAAGCUUCCUCAUGUUUGCUAGAGGCAUGGAGCAAACCUGAAGGAAGGCGUGCGUUGCCCUCCUCUGAAGAAGUGUUUCAUUCUUCCAAAACGUUACCGUGCAAUCAAACGAGGCUAGUUAUACCCUGUUGUUCCACUGUACUGAAGAGAACUGUUCUUUUUUGUUUCCUUUUUCUCUUUCCUUUGUUUUGAAUGUUCUGUCAUAGCUGGAGGUUGUAGCUUUCCAUCAGGAACACAUGAAGCUGUUUCAUUUCUUGCCAUCUAUUCCAAAUAAUGGCCAUAUGAGUAUUGA